UGAAUUUGUUGUUUUUCCCGAGCAGCGGGCCACUUUCUAUCGAGAGAAAUCAUUCGAUCGCUCAGUCCUUUACUGUUUUAUUAGUGUGUUCCAGUAGUGCUUAGUUAGAACAUUCGAUCUAGAAUUACAGCAAUGGCAACGUCCAAGGUAACAUUCAAAAUCACGCUCACUUCCGAUCCGAAGCUACCUUUCAAAGUAUUGAGCGUUCCGGAAACGACACCCUUCACCGCGGUGCUCAAGUUUGCCGCUGAAGAGUUCAAGGUAGACCCGGCGACCAGUGCCGUCAUCACGGACGAUGGCAUCGGAAUCAAUCCGCAGCAGACGGCCGGGAAUGUGUUCUUAAAGCACGGUUCCGAACUUCGGUUAAUUCCUCGUGAUCGUGUCGGUGGUAGCAACAUCCGGUUGUGAACCUAUGGAACAAUGCCUUUCGUUAACAAGACACUUUUCUUUACAUUAAACUCCGUCGCGUUGCAUAUAAUAUUGUUUAUUGGAACUAUGUGAUUUGGUAAAACGUGUAAACGGUGGCUUCGAUGGUCACAAACCGCUAGCUUCAUUGUUCCGGUUCAUUUGUUCAUAAUCUUUUCAAUAAUUGAAAUAAAUAAUAUUAUUUCCAUUUGCAA